AUGGAGGUCCACCUGUCCAAAGUUCACCGGUUCACUGGACUUCUCCUAAAAGACCUGCAGUCACCGAUGCCGAUGGCUUCAAUGAUGUUAUUUAUCCUCUAUGCUGCCUGUGUGAUAGCGCAGAUGUCAACAACCUUCACCAAUGCCGAUGUUGCAACGUCUGAUGGCACGGCUGUGAAUGGAACAGAUUACACAACCGUGUCAACCACUCUAGACUUUAAGCCGGCAAAUAACAGAGUGGCUUUGAAUGUUCCCGUGCUGGAUAAUGGCAUAGAAAACGCAGAUUCGGACAUACACUGUUUCACCUUGACCCUGACGAAUCCAAAUCCAAGUGGCAUUCUUGGGGCAACUUCACAAGUCUGCAUCAUCGAUAAUGAUAAUUUCUUUGGUGGUACUUGCCCCCCACCGGAAGCUGUGAUAGAAUCCAAUGGACAAGCAGUCAUUGAGGUCAAUGUCACCAGUGCUAGUGAUACUGCUGUCAUCACGUGGACCGACCCUACGCCUGCUGGUGUACAGAGGGUGUACACAUGCUUCCCUAUACGGCCAUCUGAUCAUGGAUGUAACAACGGGGAUUCCUUUCCCAUUUCAUACACAUUCACUUCUGAUGGAUACGACAGAAGGAUUCUGGUCACAUACACGGUCUAUACUACAGUUUCACUAACGAUGCAACACAACUGUGAUUUUUACCUGCGUGUUCUAGAUCCUUUUCCACCGGAGAUUACCUGUCCACGCGAUCUUAGGGUAAUCGCUAUGAAAGGUGACCUCAACCGCACCGUUGACUGGAUCGAACCAGUCGGCACAGACAACUCAGACGUCACAACUAACUCGUAUUCGCCGCCUUUGGUUCUGAACAUCGGCUCCCAUGAGUUCACCUACACCGCCGUGGAUAGCUCUGGAAAUGAAGCGUCCUGCUCGUUCAAUGUCAUUAUCACUGCCUUCGACACGAGUCCACCAGUGUUCAGUGACUGUCCAUCCAGUGUUCCGUCCGUGCCAACUGAUCCUGGCUCGAACACGGCCUCGGCGUUUGAUUUUGGAGUCACAGUCAGCGAUUCAGGAAGUGGUGUCGAGAGUUCGGUGCUGACCACCAACGAACCGUUUGCUCUCGGCGAUAACUUCGUGUCCUUGUUUGCUGUCGACUUUGCUGGUAACGUUGCCUACUGCAACUUUACAGUCAUCGUGUAUGACAUGGAACCUCCAAAUAUAACGUGCGCGCAGAAUCUCACUUUUUCAACAUCACCCGGCUUACCAACUGCCUACGUGACCUAUAUUGAACCCGAUGCCACUGAUAAUGUUGGAGUGAUGAAUCUCAAUUGUUUCAAUGUUGAUAGUAGUGGGCAAGCGCUUGGUGUCGGCACCUACAUUGUUCAUUGUGUGGCUACUGACUCAAGUGAUGAGAGAUUGACAGGUGUAUGCAGUUUCUCCAUCACCGUUGAGGAUAACGAAUCUCCUAACAUCACCUGUCCUGCCAAUGAAACAGUGCCCACUGAUGGUGCUGCACCUGUGGCCACAUUUACAUUACCGCUUCUGGACUCUGUCGUUGAUAACACAGGGAAUUUUAGCGUCUCCAUUGAUGUCGCUGGUGCCCAGCACGACAUUGGUGGCAGUGUAAGACUAAGUCUGAGCACCGGUGUGCAUCUGUUGCAGUACACUGCAACUGACUCUUACACGAACAGUGAAGUGUGCGACAUGUUCGUAACCGUGAUUGAUGAUGAAGAUCCAGUGAUUACAUGUCCAGCGGCAUUCACGGUUGGUACUGAUGCUGGCUUAGCCACAGCCAAUGUAACCUGGGAGCUAGCCACUGUCAUGGAUAACUCCAUGCUACCCAUUACACCUGUAGAUGAUCCAGUGUCUGGUUCAAUCUUACCCCUUGGUGUCACUACAGUGCAGUUUAAUGCCACGGAUGCAAGCGGCAACAGUGCCACGUGUACCUUUGUAGUGGCAGUCGAAGGCGCUAGCCAUGGCUUCUUCUGA